AUGUUCCCAGACAAAGACCGUCACAAUGGUACUGGUCCGACUUCUCACCAUCCCCAGAACAACCUCCACUUCGGUCCCCCGCAGGUAUAUGGGCACUUUGCCUUCCUCCCCUCGGACCCCUCUCGCCACGGAUUAAUCCACGCCUUCACCGGCCAAGUCACAACCACGGUCCACGGCGUCGAAACCAUCCUCCCGACGCGCGACUACCUCAAGCACACACCUCAGGACCGCCACAACAUCAUCCACCCACCCGGCCUGGUCAUGGAGUCCGGAUACCACAAUGCCAAGCCGAUGGACCCUCCGCCAAACGCACCGCCUCCACCCCCACCCAUUGAUAUCAAGACUGGAAAACCUCUGAGCGUUGCUGGCGGGGCUUCGGCGAGCGAUGUUGGCCCUAUACAUAUCCCCCGCCGCCACCGCCUCUGCCUCCGUCUCCGUCUGCAUCGCUCUAUUCGGCAUAUCAUCUGCCACCACCACCUCCCCAUUCUUCGUAUUUCAGUAGCAGUAGCGAUGUCGAGCAAUGCGGAAAGUGUCAGCAUUGUUAUCGAUAGUUUUGCCCGGCAGUGA